AGCGCGUGUGGACAAUUCAGCGAUCGUCCGUUAGGUAUGUUUACAAUAAUCUUGUCAAUUAACUAUUGAUCGAAUGGUGCGAACAAAUGACUUUACAGCUUGGUCAAAUAGUUUAUGUGCGAAAUGAUUCAGGGGUAGUGCGAUAUAUUGGUACCACGGGGUUUGCACCUGGCAAUUGGGUUGGUAUAGAAUUAGAUCAUGUUCAAGGUAAAAAUGAUGGAUCAAUAGACGGUAAGAGAUAUUUUAAUACUGAGAAACAAGGAGGUAAUUAUGGUAUAUUUGUUAGAGAAACAAUGGUUUCAUUUGAGAAAUCUUCAAUUACUCACAUUAAUGGUGAACCAACAACAUCCCCAAAGUUAUAUGCGGUAGUGGAAAAAUUGCAAAAUAAAUUGCAACAUGCAAUGGUAUCUAUAAAUGAUUAUAGAUCUGAUAUUGAUAAGAUGCAAGUUGAGUUAAGAAUGAAAGAUGAUGAAAUUCAUGGAUUAAAAGAAAGAAUUGAGAUGGUGGAAGUAAAUAAUGAAUUUAAUGAGAGUUCAGUAGGAGAACUUCAGAUGAGUCUAACAACUUUACAAGAAAAGUAUGAAGAUUUACAAGAAGAAUAUUUAACAUUACAAGAAGAAGUUGAAAUUAAUAAACAAAUAGAAGAUGAAGUUAAGAGCCAAUUAAAUGAAAGUACUGAUGAAAAUGUACUAGUGGUGUUACAAAGAAAUAAACAAUUAGAGUUAGCAUUGGAAAGUAUGCAUAACAUAAGUAAAGGUCAUGAAUUUAAUUUAAAGAAUGAAAUAGAUUCUUUGACACAAGAAGUAAAAGAUAAGACAGAAUUGAGUAAUCAACUUGAACUCGUUAAAGAUAAAUUACGAAAUGCUGAAGCUAAAAUCUUAAACUUACAAGAUCAGUUAGAUUCAACUCUAAGUUUACAAUCCAUGGUAGAAAAUUUAACGACAGAAAAUGAACAAUUGAAAGAAACUCUUAAUGAAUUAACUAAAUCCAUUGAUGAAAUGACCGAAUUGGAUAAAAGUAUAGAAGAAGAUCAUAAGCAUGUUGAAUCCCGACUACAAGCUGAUAUUGAAAAUUUACUGGAAAUCGUUAAGAAUGAUAAACAAAUGAUUGAUGAACUCAAAUUAAAGCUUAGUCAGAAUGUACCACUAGAAACAAAUACUAUUCAAGAAGAUAAAUUACUUCAACUUAAUAAUGAAAUUGAAAAGUUAAAUCUUCAACUUAAACAAGUAGUAUCUUUAAAUAAAGCUAAAACUAUAGAGGCUAAAGUUUCUCAAGCUAUUGAAAACCUAAUCAUUGAAGAAAUUACAAUUCUACAAAAUCGUUCAACUCAUAAGUUACUUAUAAGUAUCGAGUACCUUCUUAACAGAUCUAGUGUAUUAGCUGAUUGUAUAUUAGAAUUUUCUGACUCAGUAAGAGAUAAGCUCAUGAUCCUGACAUUAAUCAAAUUUAUAUCCAUGUCGAUAAAGUUUUGGGAGUUCAACUGUAUGGACGUUUCAAAUCCUGAAACCGUCAAGAAUUUAGUUAUUAACUUGAUAUCAUCGUUAGCAUCUUCAAUUGAUUCUUUAAAAAAUGAGGAACAAGUGGAUUUGAACUUUAUUCCUAUAUUUUGUCAAACAUGGUUGGAAUGUACUUCUUCCAGUUCAUUUAUCUUCGGAACCAAAUUGAAUUUAAUAUUCUUAAAGAAUUCCUUUAUACAUCAAUUGGAAGUCCUACGUGAUGCGAUUCGUUCUUAUGAACAUUGUGAAAACUAUACAAUUUCUGUAGAGAAGAUAGAUAUAUUUUCCAAAAGCUUCAAUAAUCUUAACUUUUACGAAAAUGAUUCAAUGCUUGAUGUGACUAUUGGAGAUGAUGAUGAAGAAGUUGUUAAUAAAUUAAUGAAUUUUGUUUGGAAAUCCAUUGAUGAGAUCUGUUUUCUAGAAGCUCAGAAAGUAACUGAUAUAGAAGGUUUAUCUGAUGUUAAUUCUAAUUAUGCAUUCUUCUUAGCUAUAACUAUAUCUACGGUUAAGAUAGAAGCUAUUUCACUUCAAGAUAUAUUAAUUAAUGAAGGAAAUGUACCAGAGAGUAAUUCUUCAGUCAAAGAAGUUGAAGUUGAUUCAAAAGCUAUGAAAUUAGAAUUAAUUGAAAAGAAUAGAAUUAUAAAUGAACUUCAAUUAAAUAUUCAAAUUUUAGAAAGAAAUACCAAAGCAAUGUCUGUCAAUAAUCUGGAAUUUUUUGAUGAAUAUAUGAAACAAGUAUCAGGAUUACAACAAGAAUGUGAAACUAUGAAGAAGAAACUUCAAACUGAAGAGGCUACUAAUUAUUCUUUAAAGUUAGAGAUAAAAAGGUUAGAAAGUAUUAAACGUGAUACUACACCUGUACCAAAAUCUCGAAGUAUGAAUGAAGAGAUAAAUGAUAUUGAAAAAAAUGCCUUAAAAUCACAAAUUGAAUUAUUAAAACAAAUUGCUCGACUCAAUUCUCCAAAACCAAAUGUAUCAGAGAUAGUUGCAUGGUUAAGUAAACCUUUACUUCCUAACAAAUUUACUAAUGAAGGUAAUAAUUCAUUAUUGUUAUAUUCUAAACGUGCUCGAGAAUUGACUUUACAAGUAUCAUCCAUUAAUAUAGGAGAACACUCAAAGAACAAUUUAAAACACUACAAUUUAGUAUUGAAGGAAAGACUUACUAAUUUGGAUGCAUCGUUAAAUAGAGUAUUAAAUUAAAUUAAGUUAAUUAAAAAUAAAUAAAAUACAAUUACAUC